GUGACGGACAAGACAGGUACCCUGACGGCAAAUGAGAUGCGGUUUCAUAGCUUAGCAAAUGCUCAAGGGGAAAUAUUAUUCACAACUUCUACAGCAUCAAAUAAUAGUCCUCGUCAUCCUGUACUUGGAAAUCCAAAUCUCGAGAGAGUG